CCUGUAUUUCUUUGGUUUUCAAUUAUAAGUGGCUCUUCUCAGCAAGUAUUCCAAGAUGGUUGAGCCCUUCUUGGGAACCUGGAAGCUGGUCUCCAGUGAAAACUUUGAGGAUUGCAUGAAAGAACUGGGAGUGGAUUUUGCAGCCCGGAAUGUAGCAGGUUUAGUGAAGCUGACAGUAAGUAUUAGUGUUGAUGGGAAAACGAUGACCAUAAGAACGGAAAGUUCUUUCCGGAACACUAAGAUCUCCUUCAAGUGGGGGGAAGAAUUUGAUGAAACCACAGCAGACAACCGGAAAGUAAAGAGCACCAUAACAUUAGAGAAUGGCUCAAUGAUUCAGGUCCAAAAAUGGCUCAGCAAAGAGACAACAAUCAAAAGAAAAAUUGUGGGUGAAAAAAUGGUAGUGGAAUGUAAAAUGAAUAAUUUUGUCAGCACCAGAAUCUAUGAAAAGGUGUGAAGAAAGUUCACAGCAAUGAAAACUUGUUCACCAACAGGGAACUAGUACUUGAAGAAGAUAGCUUCAGGGCCAAUGACUAUUAAAAAAUGUCUCAAUAUAAAUUUGCUCAAUGAAAGCAUCAAAUUAAG